UCAACCAGUGCAGCAACAACAACAAAAGAAAAAACGUCAAUAGUAAAUUAAAUUGUUUUUUUUUCUGAAAAUGUAUUUUGUGCAAACGGCGAGACAUGUACGAACACAUGCACUUGCUCUAUGAGCGAGUCAGUGUGCGUCUGGGUGUAUGUGUAAAAUUUAUACAACCCACACCCAAAAGCGCAGCAAGAAACUGCGAGAGUAACAGCAACAGCAACAACUACAAUAACAAAAACAACUCGUUCGUCGCUAGUUUUUACAACUCACUCGCUAGUUGUACAUUUUUGUAUAUAUGUAUGUGUACGUUUCUGCUAUCGUGGGUCGUCGUCGCUUCGGUCGUUCGGUGAGUGGGUCGCUCGUUUCGUUGUCUCGACGCCAUCGUCGUCGCCGUCAUCGUCGAAGCAACGGCCGCAGCAGCUGAGAAUGUGUAAUGGCUAUUGUUGUUGGUGUAGCUGCUGCCUAUUAUUGUUGUAGCUGGCAAAUCUAUGUACGGCAGCAUAAUUAGACAGACGCACAGUGGCUUCAAUGUUCAAUUUAGUUAAACAAAACUGCGACAACUUCAUUUAUUCGCUGUACGCUUUGUUGACGCCGAAAGCUGAUAUAAGUUAAAGUUACAUUAAUUCCUCAUGGCCGGGAGAAUAUUUAUGUAAAUACCUUGUUAUAAUUAGUAGUAUUGUAAACAGAAUUGAAUUACUCAACCGAUAUUUCGUGGUUUAUGUAAAUAGCUGAAUGAUAAGAAACCCACAAAUGUAAUUGAAAUGUAGCAGAUAUCGAAUGAAUUUGAGGUAUCGAUUGUGUGCAUAAAAAAGACACACGCCCACCCCUAGGCUAAGCACAUUAUUAUAAUAAAAUUCGUUUUCCGACUUAGUCGAGUCAGCAGCCAUUCGGUUUUUUAUUGCGAGAUUUUUCGAUCCGCACCUGACUCAGAAGUUGCGGAAUCAUUUGGCGCCCGAGCAGGGACUUCUUGGACAAAGUUCUAACCCGAUUGGAGCUCAUUGUUGGAGCUCUAACAUAUUUGGACAUAUAUCAGCCUGGAGAUUGGAUGCUGGUGCACAUUGGAGUGCAGCUUCAACUCUAACAUUCGACUGUGAGUAGUUUUCUGCAUGGUGCUCCUAGUAUUUUUGCACGGCAUAUACAUAUUCUCAGUUUGAUGUGUUGACUAUUCAAAUAUUGUAAGUAAAAUAUAAUUGAAAUAUUUACGCGGCAUACAGUGGUACAUUGGUGAGACACGUGUUGUGAAAAAUUCGCGAAGAGGUUAAUUCAUAUACAUAUGCUGUACAUACAUACAUAUAUAUGUAUGUAUACGUAAAUGCAAGCGGCAACUACUUACCGUUUAACCUUGAAUUGAUUUUGAGUGCACAUGUACUGAGAGCAUCAAAAGUAAGGCAACGAAAUUCUUGCUGUUCUUCUUGAGAAACAGUUAGAAUAGCUGAAGCUGUUGCUGCUCUCAAACAUUGUUGUUGUUGUUGGCGUAGAUAGGAGUUGUUGCGGUAUAAUUAAACGCACAUAAAUACAUACCUACACGAACAUUAAAUUUGGUCAUAUAUUCGUCUGUAGGCUCGUACAGUUGGUACAGUGGGACUAAUUCGUUGUUUGUUUGUAUAAAAAAGUCAAAAUUUCUAGUGGCUCCUAUUAAUCUGGUUAAGAUUAUAAUAAUAUUAAUAUUAACUAAUAUUAUUAUUGAGGGGUAAUUGAAUAAAAAUAAAAUGGCUCCAAAAAGAAACAUGAAAGAAAUGGAGUUUUAUUCUUCGCGCGAAAGUUUAAUGAAUUCUCUUAAUCGUAAUAAAGAUUAUGUUAUAAACAAUUGCCAGUCAAUGACUGCAGCAGAGCUAGAGGCGCGCUUGAGCUUAGUUGAAUCAAUUUUCACGCAAUUAUGUGACAUCCAGAGCCAAGUUGAGACAAAAAUUGAAGAUGCCAGCCAAUACGAAACACGUCAAGUUAUAGAAGAUAUGUAUUGUGAUAUAAAGGCGAAGAUUUUAAGCUACUUGACACAAAGGGGGCGUCAUUCAGUAAUCGGAACAGAUCCAUCGGCCAAUUCAACAUUGCUAAAUGGUGCUGCAGUUUCCCGAGUAGGUAAAUUGCCAAUGUUGAAGCUGCCAGAAUUCUCUGGCAAAUAUACAGAGUGGACUAGUUGGUACAACGCAUUCACUACCUUGAUUGAGGCAGACCAUGACAUUGAUGAGCUGUCAAAGUUUAUUCAUUUGAAGUCAUGUCUAAGCGCUGUCCCAUUGAGAACUAUAGAGUGCUUGGAAUUAUCUGCAGUCAACUAUAGGAAGGCCUUACAGUUACUUAGGGAUCGUUUUGAAAAUAAAGCUAUUAUCGUACAAUCGCAUGUGAGUGAGCUAUUCAAUAUUCGUCGACUUAAGAAUGCAGACGCAGAGUCACUUGGCAGUUUGGUAGAUGCAGUGAAUUCGCAACUUGUAGCCCUUCGAUCUCUAGGCAAUGAAGGGGAAAUUCUUGAGGCCCUCGUGUUCCAUUUGGUUCGUAGCAAGUUGGACGAUGAAACACUAGAGAAGUGGGAGAGCGAAUAUGAUUGCGCCAAGCUACCUUCUUGGCAGCUGCUAGCACAAUUCUUAUGCAAUAGAGGAAUUAAUCUAGCCGGGCGAGAAGUCAGAAAGGCAGUCAUUGCCAAAUCAAAUGCUAAGGGUGACAGCAAAAGGGCCAGUCUAACUGCUGCAUUGGGAAAUACUGCAACUAACUUGUGUUAUAGUUGUUCGAGUUCACAUCACUUGAAGAUGUGCCCAAAGUUUAAGUCAUUGUCACCGUUGCAAAGAUAUUACGAAGUUAAAAAAUUUGGAAUAUGUCUUGUCUGUUUUAGUAAGCGUCAUCAAACAAAGGAUUGCAGCGCGCAGCGUUGUUCGGCUUGUAACAAGCCACAUCAUGAGUUGCUUCAUAGAUCAGCAAUGGAAGUGGAAGGUUCAAGCAAUUGUCCUGUCAGUAGGCAAGCUAAUCCUAGCUCACUGCAUAGUGCGAUACUGCCAAGUCGGACAACAAGCUUUUUGGCAACGGCGGUAGUUCUUGUGCAGAAUUCGAACGGUAAAUAUUCGCAAUGCAGAUGCGUACUAGAUUCAGGUAGUCAGUUGAAUUUCAUAACCACCAGUUUGGCAUCACAGUUGAAACUCAAUAUAAAGGAUGUUCAAUACUCGCUAAAUGGAAUAGGAAAUGCCAAGUCGAGAAUUUUAGGUGAAGUUCAGACUACCAUCAAGUCCAGGGCAACAAAUUUCGUAGCUACAGACAAGUUCAGUGUAUUGCAGGAAAUAACGCGAUACAAUCCGGCAACAAGCGCGUCAGCAGAAGGCUUUUUCGUGCCAUCAAAAGUAAAGCUGGCAGAUCCCUUCUUCGAUUCAGCUAAUGAAAUAUCUAUGCUGCUCGGAGUUAAUUUGUUCUUUAAGCUUAUCGUAGCAGGCCAAAUUAAAAUGGGCAUCAAUAAGCCAUUACUUCAAAAAUCUCUUUUAGGUUGGAUUGUUGUAGGUGAAUGUAUAACAAGUGAAAGGAAUGCAUUAAUUGUUAGUCGAGUACCAAGUUCCGACCAAGAGGAUACAAGAAAACUGCACAAGUUGGUGCAAAGAUUUUGGCAGUGUGAAGAGAUUUCACAGCCAGAAAACAGGUAUACAGAGGCUGAGCAGACGUGCGAAACGCAGUUUGUCUCAUCUGUGAGAAGGACAGCUGCUAAUAGGUUCGUGGUACGUCUGCCCUUUAAAGUACCCAAAGAGGAAUUAGGAGAGUCUUAUAGUAUUGCUCUCACCAGGUUUUUGAACCUUGAAAGAAAACUCAUUCGUAAUCCAGAACUCAAAAGGAGUUACACAGAAUUCAUAGAAGAAUAUCGGAUGCUGGAUCAUUUAGAGGAGGUAGGGUCUGAACAGGUACAGAAUGUUAGAUACGUGAUGCCUCACCACCCAGUAAUUCGACCAGAAAGCUCAACGACUAAAUUAAGAGUCGUAUUUGAUGCUUCAUGCAAGACGAGCAAUGGGCUCUCAUUGAACGAUAUCAUGUUAGUAGGCCCUACCUUGCAGCCGGACUUAUUCGAUAUACUCACUCGUUUCCGGUUCUACAAGUAUGCGCUUACAGCUGACAUCUCAAAGAUGUAUAGACAAAUCUUAGUAGAAUCUGGUGACUGUAAUUAUCAGUGUAUUUUGUGGCGACAAGAGCGUACUGAAGCUGCAAAGACGCUGCGGCUGAAAACUGUAACAUACGGUACAAAUUCAGCACCAUUCCUGGCAGUUCGCUGCUUAUAUUAUUUAGCUGAGCAGGCUGGUCAUCAAUAUCCUUUAGCUAGUGAAGCAGUGAAGCGCAACUUUUACAUGGACGAUAUGCUCUGCGGGGCUGACUCCAUUAAUGAGCUAAAAGAGUUAAAACAGCAAGUGACAGAGUUGUUAAAGUUAGGGCGAUUUGAACUUCAUAAAUGGCGCUCUAAUUUCAAAUUUGCCUCUCAUGAUGAGAGCACCGAGCCGUUGGAACUUAAAGUUACCGACGCUGCAAAAACGCUUGGGAUACGUUGGGCGUCGACUAGUGACAAGUUCCAAUUCGCUUACGGUGCGCAGUGCUCGGACGCGGUCACUAAGCGCGUAGUAUUAUCGGAGCUAGCGCAAUUAUUUGACCCGCUUGGGUUUUUGAGCCCCAUUAUUAUAUUAGGUAAAGUUUUCAUGCAAGAGUUAUGGCUAUUGAAGCAGGGUUGGGACGAGGAUUUGCCACCCAGUCAUGCCAUACAGUGGAAAAAAUAUCGUAGCGAGUUAAAACUCAUACACGAAUGUUCGUUGCCUCGAGCUGUCAUCCCAAAUUCAGGGGAAGUAGACACGGUUGAGUUUUAUGGAUUUUCGGAUGCGUCCUGCCGUGCCUUUGGGGCAGCCAUAUACGCUCGGGUUAUAGACAAGCUAGGAACCAUAUCUGUCAAUUUGGUGGCGGCAAAAUCCAAGGUAGCACCAGUUCGUGUCACAUCGCUACCUCGUUUAGAACUUGAGGGCGCCAGACUUUUGGUCCAGCUGAUGGCCAAGGUUAAGAAGUGUGUUCCUAGAUAUGUUUCUAGCGUCAGCCGAUGGACCACCUUUGUUGCAAAUAGGGUCGCUUUAAUCCACGAAUUAUCUAGUAUAGAUGAAUGGUUUAAGAUAGAAUCGAAACUUAACCCAGCAGACAUAGUGUCUCGUGGUCUGCAUACAAGCGAAUUGAGAAACUCGUCGCUGUGGUGGAAAGGUCCUAAAUUCUUGCAGCAGCCAGAAGAUCAGUGGCCCGCGGUGCAUUGGAAUCGCUCUGAUUCACUUCCCGAGCAACGUAAUUCUAAAUUCACAUUAGUAGCCAGUCCCCAAAGGCUUGUGGAGGAUAUCGUUAGCAAAUGUAAAUAUGCAAGAGAUUUUGUUAAGUUGACUCGCGUGUUUGGCUAUAUUUGUCGCUGGCGUCGGGUCAUAUCAAAAAUUGAAUUAGCUAAAUCCAAGCCGCUGACAGCCUCUGAAGUAAAGGGUGGAUUAAACUACAUAAUAUUUAAUUUGCAAAGUUUGAGUUUUCACGAAGAGAUCGUAAAAUUGCACGAUGGCAAGCCUAUUCGAUCCGCGAAAAUACAAGCGCUCAAUCCGUUCCUAGACGUAAUUGACGGGAUAGAAAUUAUUCGGGUAGGUGGCAGGUUGUCUCAAGCUAAUGUACCAUUUGACACAAAGCACCCAAUUUUAUUGCCGAAUAAUCAUAUUGUUAUAACCGCUUUAUUUGAGUACACACAUCGAACUAAUAUGCAUGCCGGAGCGCAUGCAUUAUGCGCUUUUGUGCGACAAAGGUACUGGGUCAUUAAUGCUCGAAAGCUAGCUCGCAAGACAGUGCGGAGUUGCUUGGCAUGCUUUCGCCAGCGCCCAGUAGCGGCAAACCAGAUUAUGGGCUCGCUGCCAGCGAGCAGAGUACAAACGGGUGUGAAUCCGUUUCAACGAGCAGGAUUGGAUUUCGCCGGCCCGUUUUGGAUGCAUUUCCACCAGAGAGGACGACGUCCAACCAAGAUGUAUAUGUGUGUCUUUGUAUGCUUCCUGACAAAGGCUUGCCAUCUGGAGCUCGUGUCGGACCUUAGCACAAAUGCAUUUAUUGCCGCCCUCAAACGUUUUUUUGCGCGCCGUGGACUCAGCGCAGAGCUAUUUUGCGACAACGCCACAAAUUUUGUUGGCGCAGCUCGUGAAGUAAAAGAGCUGACUGAUCGUAUGUGGAACGAAACUGGCAAACGUCGAAUCGAAAACCAAUGCAGCAGCCUCGGGGUUCAAUUUCAUUUUAUACCCCCUCGCUCGCCCCAUUUUGGAGGGCUUUGGGAAAGCGCUGUGAAGGUGGCUAAGCAGCUGUUGGUGCGGUGCUUUAAUGGAACGGCGCUCGACUAUGAGGAACUCGCCACGGCCAUUGCACAAGCUGAAGCCGUUAUGAAUUCGCGGCCACUCUGUCCAUUGUCUUCAGACCCAAAUGACUUGGAAGCCUUAACGCCAGGUCAUUUCUUAAUCGGACGUCCGUUAAACGCUAUGACCGAAGCGUGCGAUGAGGAUAUUCUGAAAUUAUCAGUAACGAAUCGAUGGAAGAGAAUCGUAGCGGUGCAUCACUCAUUCUGGCGACGCUGGUCGCUGGAGUAUUUAACUUUAUUGCAAGAAAGAAGAAAAUGGGCAUCGACGUGCAACAAUCUACAACGCGGGACCUUGGUUCUUAUUGGAGAAGACAAUACUCCCCCAGGACAAUGGGUACUGGGUCGAAUCCAAGAAGUUCAUCCUGGCGCUGACGGAGCUGUUCGGGUCGUCACGGUGAAAACAAAGGCGGGAUUGUUUAAGCGGAAUAUACACAAGCUUUGCCCACUACCGAUAUCAGACUGACGAGAUGAUUGUUGGAAGGAGCUUCCAAGGCCGGGAGUAUGUUGACGCCGAAAGCUGAUAUAAGUUAAAGUUACAUUAAUUCCUCAUGGCCGGGAGAAUAUUUAUGUAAAUACCUUGUUAUAAUUAGUAGUAUUGUAAACAGAAUUGAAUUACUCAACCGAUAUUUCGUGGUUUAUGUAAAUAGCUGAAUGAUAAGAAACCCACAAAUGUAAUUGAAAUGUAGCAGAUAUCGAAUGAAUUUGAGGUAUCGAUUGUGUGCAUAAAAAAGACACACGCCCACCCCUAGGCUAAGCACAUUAUUAUAAUAAAAUUCGUUUUCCGACUUAGUCGAGUCAGCA